ACUAAAAAUAUCAUUUUUCUUUCAGAUUAAGUAGCAAAAGCCUAGAUAAAUGGAGCUCCGAAGCGGAAUGAAAGUCUCGCGCCCGUUAGCACAUGAUUCGAGCAAUCGGAAACGGGCCCGUCUUGGGGACGCAGUCCCAGCGGCAGAUCUUUGCCCGCAUCUUCCGACCGAACUGCUGGAGAUGAUUUUCCGUACGUUGGACAAAAAGUCGCUGCUGCGGAUUCGGCUAACGUGCCGCCGUUGGAGGGAAAUCGUGGACCGGAAGGUUUCGUUGCAGAACAGAUUCGGCAUUGUAUUUCCACGUGGGCUCGUGAUGAAUCGAAAGUUUCGGCCGGAGAAUCUGUUUCCCGCAACUUUUGCCCUAUUGCAGCAGAACAAAAUCAUCCGGGUCGGCCUGUGGUGGCCAUCGUUCGGAGAGCGACUGACAACGUUAUUCAUCUGGGAUUGUGAAAUAUCACUUCCGACAUUUUUGGAAAUGCUCCGUUACACGCCGAAUCUGAGCGAGCUGGAUAUACGUGGUGCCAUCUACACAUAUACAGACGAACCAAGAACGGCGGACUUUAAGUUGCAUAAGCUUCAUACGCUUGAUGUGGAAUUUACAGCCAGAGCGUUCGACGUUUAUUCGAAAAUAUUUCCAAACUUGACCAGUCUUAUAGCACCCAAAAGGCUAAACAACACCCAUCAAUUAGAGUCAUGCCACUUAAUACGUUCCGUUCAGACCACGCUGGAAAAGCUGGCGAUUAGAUUUACACCAUUCGUCCUGGACCAGAUGAGUAGCAUGGAUCAGUUAAGAUUGAGAACGGUGUUUCUAUCUGGAGAAAGUUACAAUGCUGUAAUGCUGAGUCGAAUUCAACCAUCGAUCGAACAGCUAUUUGUUCUGGACCAUUCGCUUACAAGUGCGCAAAUUUGUGAAACCGGUAGAAAUCUACCAAAUCUCAAGAAAAUUGAUACCACAGUUGAUUUGGAUGGAACAAGCAAUGCUUCGUUCCUUGCCAACAUGGUACAGCUUACGCAUCUUCGAAUCCAAGGAGUACGAAGUCCAUCGCUGAACUUCUGCGGACACAAAACGCCAAAGCUGAGGGCUCUGGAUUUGAAGACAUUUGACUUAGCGCAGAACUGUCUGCAAUCGUACCUCAAGUACUGUCAAAAUCUAAGGAUUCUUCGGCUCGAGAGUUGUACCGUUCACAGUUGGUCGGAGAUAUUGUCCGACGAACUGCCCUCAUCAUUGCGUCACCUCACGAAUGACCUCACGCUGAAGAAAAUCCACGUGCUGGAAAACCGUGCGAUCUUUACACACCGGACGUUCAAUUUCGAGAACGUGAGCAUUGGUAGCUGCAAUGUGUCCGCUUCGUGGAUUAUUCAGCUGGUUAAGCUGUGUCCUCGAAUCGACUAUCUGUACAUCGACGAGACAUGCGUCGAUGACGCUACAGUUGAGGAGAUUUGCCGUCCAGCGCGCCGGUUGAGGAUCCUGUGUCUUCACAACUGUACCAUCACCGAAGUGUCCGUGGAGCACAUGGUCAAGCAUUGUUCCGAGUUACGAUGGCUGCGCGUGUACCCCAAAGAGACGCUUUCGAUGGUGGCCUACGAUCGGCUAAGAAGAGCGAAGAACGUCGAGAUAAGCCAUUUUUGA